CGUUGGAAACUCCUGGAUGGGACUUUGUGGCAAUUUCAGAGAGGAGUUUGACGGUCGACAACUAACUACACCGAUACGGCGACGAAAUUUGCGACAGGAUGGGGAAGCCUACUUUAAAAUUCUGUAUGUGCUUGUGUCUGGUGAUGAACUGCAUAGUUCUUAUUGCCGUUUUGUGCGUGGCCGUCUUGACUCACCAAGGAUGUUCAGACGGGGAAUUUCAGAAAGGUGCCGUUGCUGCAGACUCGGAGAUGUGUUCAAAAAUUGGGCGGGACACACUGAGGGAAGGCGGUUCGGCGGUAGAUGGCGCUAUUGCAACUCUAGUAUGCACAUCCAUUGUUCAUCCACAGAGCAUGGGCAUCGGCGGAGGAUCCAUCUUUACCAUCCGUGAAAAAGACGGGACAGUGAAAAUCAUUAAUGCCCGCGAGACCGUUCCGAAAGUUUUCAAGUCUGACCUGUUGACGAAAUGCCCCCCAUCUUAUCAGCUGAUGUCAGGAACAGUCAGGAAGACAGGCCCAUGCUCGCAGGAAGACCAUGAAGCGUUGGCAGCAACUCAGGAGCAGUUUGCCAAGAGGAUAAGAGGCAUGAUAAAGGAUGGCCAGACCCACGAUGCCCUGUACUACAGCGUGACCCCAUCUAUGGACAGCGUGGGCACCACUCACAUGUCCCUGGUGGACGAGUACGGCAUGGCUGUCUCAGUCACCAGCACCAUCAACCACAUAUUUGGCUCCAAGAUCUUCUCUCCAAAGACGGGCAUCAUCCUGAACAACGAGCUGGCAGAUUUCUGUGGGAAAGUAAGCAGCAUUCAAGCAGGUGAGCAGCCUCCCUCCUCCAUGUCCCCCUCCAUCCUCUACUCCACAUCCAGAAAACACCUGGUUGUGGCCGGCGGAUCGGGGGGUAGCAUGAUCACCACUGGCAUGGCACUGACCCUCAUGAACCAUCUGUGGAUGGGGAUGAGCUUGCAGGAUGCCAUAGCUUCUCCCGUGGUCUUUGUCAACUCCAAAAAUGAAGUGAACUUUGAGCCUAAAUUUGACAAGGAUGUCCAGGCGAACCUCACAGCCCUUGGCCACAGCGCGACGGACAUCAAAUAUUUCUACAACGUCAUCAACGCGGUGUCGGUGAAGGACGGAUGCAUCACUGCCGUGUCGGACGAGCGCAAACUGGGGAAAGCGGCAGGAUAUUAACAGAGUUCGACACACACGCCACCGACUAGAGGAGUCCAUAGAGAGUGGCAGAUUAAAGGCCAAAGAGACGUCAAGGUGAUAUCUGGGAUUUGACUCACGAUUUCAGGCCCUACUGGUUCCUCUCUGAGGGCCAUAUGUGCUGAGGAGGAGUCAAUGUGACUGUAAUGCAGCUCAGACACCGGGCUGUGAAAAGAUGUGUCUUUCCUACUUAACCUUUAGUCAAGGUCAUUUCAGUUGAUGCCAACAACCUCACAGAUCAGUGCUGGAUUUUUUUAUGACAACCUGCUACACUGGAGCAGUUUUAUAUUUGGAGUAGUGCCUUCACUGUGGAGAGAGACAAAAACAGUUUCUGUUAAAAGAUAAUAAUUACAGUAUCGUGCCGUAAAAGGUGCCAUUACACACAGUAGCAUGUGGCCCUCCCUCGUCCCUCACACAGCCAUGAUAUACUGCACACAGUACCUAGAUUUGAAGAGCUCUUUUACGAAACUCUAUGAAGGCCAUUUUAACGAAACUUUCACA